UUUACGAAAGAGUAAAACUCAUGUCAGCGAGCGUCGUAGGCUUCAUAUUUCAUUCCAUUUCAGAAAUUUGCUUCAUAUGUUUAUGUUAACACAACUGUUUACCCUGAAAUGAUACAAAGACGAUGUUUGAAAUACCUGACGACGAUGACAACUUUUGGGAGAAUCUCCCGAUGGAGGACAUCACAAACACUAGUACAGGAAAAGUAUGUGCAACUGUGACGAAUCUUACAACGGGAGGUCAAGGUCAGAAGAGACAGCUGGAAUGUGACGCAAGUGUCUCACAUCCAGAAUCAUGUUCAGCUUCAAGUAAGAGACUGAGAAUCAACACGUUCACCGAAAAUGAUAACCAUUUGAAGUCAAGGUCAAAUCAGGAGCAGUCUGAGACAGACUUGCACUAUGUUCAGUCAAAUAUUGACAACAGAGGACUGCAUUAUGGUGCUAAGGACACUUACAGGACUGACUGUAACAGUAAUACUACUUUAGGCAGAGAACAGAGUCUCAAUGUAACAAACCAAGUGCUGAAUAGAAAUGUUCUGCCUGAAACAAGCAUCAUCACACAACGAGCUGUGUCCGGGCCAGGAGUAGUCAAUGUUAGGAAUGACAGAUCGACAAGUUCAUCUAUAAUUUCCAGUCAUGCAUCACCAGUGUCAUCUGGUCAAGGAGUAGGCACUGUGAGGAAUGACAGAUCGACAGGUUCAGCUUUCAUUUCCAAUCAUGUAUCACAUCAUGAAGUUGAGCCAGCAAGAAAUAACAGGAAUGAAACAACACCCAAGCAGCGUCACAAGAGAAAGUUCCCCCGGCCCUGCUGGGCUUUUGCCAAAGCUGAGUCCCGGACAGAGUAUUGCAAAUGUCACCCUCACUGGCAUCUCCAGACAAAAUCCUACAGAGCCGAGGGUUGAGGGUGUGAUCCUGUCCUCCCAGUCCUCUGACGAUGUGUUCAGUGACCAGCCGUGGGGCUCGCUGGUGGACGACCUGCAACAGGCGUCACAGGAGGUUCUCACCAAGUACUCCAUUCUGUCCAGUCUACAGAAGGCUGCCAAAAAAUUGCUCCCUGAAGGCAAGGUAGCGCUGAUGUUUGCUGUCCUUGAGAGUGUCGACAUCCAGGGUCUUGAUGCCAGUGUCAGCCCUUAAAGAUAAGACAGGCAAGAUCUCUGGAACUGUUCACCGAGACGUUGUCAAGGAGUUUGCUGCCGAUCUCCAGCCUGGUGUGGCCCUCGUUCUCAGACAGGUGAGUGUCGUCAGCCCAACAUGUAGGACACAUUACCUGAACAUUACUCCGAAAAACAUCGUCCACCUGUAUCCACAUCGAGUAACUAGAUCUCAAGAUGAGGUUUCAGAAUAUCGGGCAUGUCUGAUGGACAUCAUCCAAUCAGCCAACAUGAUGGCACUACAGCAACCAAGUACGCCAAACAUGCUCAGAGUGUCUCCUGAAAACAAAACUGUACCAAGAAUGCAAGGAAGCAGCUGUUCCAUACCUCAAUGGUCAAGCGGACAUGCCACGCCAGGGGACAACUCCAUUCCGAACUCCAUUGCAGGGUACUUCCUUGAGACAGACCACCCCUUCUAGACAAUCCUAUGCUUCUCCUGGGAGUGUGAUUGAUGGAGUUAGUACUGCUGGGAGAAGACCGUGUGUGGCUGCCAACGAUAAAUGUGUUGGUUCUCCAAAUAAUCCGAUGACUCCAACAAGGAAAUUUUGUUUUAAGAAUGUCAGUAAAAGUGUCACUGAUUCACCAGGCCUUGGAGCAAGUCCUCAAUUAAGUCGGACAAAGUCUGCUGUUUGUGAUACAAGUCAAAGGAACUCCUCACAAGGUGGGUCUGUAACUUCCAACUGGAAACCUGUGGGCUCCAGCAACGGAGCAUCUUGUUCAACAGUGACGUCAAGUGGGACAACUGACAAGGUCCAUGUGCCUGGUAAUGGUGUAGGUUCACUUACAUCUAACACAGUGACAGCUCAGAGGUCUUCUGUUGGAGCUAUGAAAAGUGGUGGUUCUAAUGGAGUUACCUCCCUUGUUGGUGUUUGCAACCCUGUGAGUGGAGUGGCUGUGGAUGGUUCUGAUUUGUGGGGAGAUGACUUGAGCGAUGAACUUCUCUCCCAGCUGUCUGAGGAAAUGUUCUGAUGUCCACAAAGGAUGCAUCCUCUAUUAUAUACAGUGCUGUUGCCUCUGGAUCCUGGUGAUAAGAGACUGCCAUACACCAGCUCCGUACUGUACACUCAUUCAUCUGAGGAAAAAGAAACUGCAAUCUUGUUAGAAUCAGAUCUUAGUUCUCACAACCACUGACAGGGCAUUGAAUGACAGACUACGUUACAGAUCACCUUCAUCCAACCUAAUCUUUUCUCAGAUCAAGACAGGGACAGUUGGAAUGGGCUUCCCAAUGGAUGCAACCUCAGAAACGUUAACACUCAGAAAGGAAAUCUUCCCUUUUGCCAGUACCUAUCACACAUUCAAGCACUUUCUUCUGUUCAGUUUCCAAAUUACUAAGUGAUAUUUUUAAAAGUCUAGAAAGCAAGUGUCAUAAAUGUGUCAUACAUUUCAUGGAAGGUUUUUCUUAAUUGGAGAUCUACAUGAGUUCGAAAGGUAAAGAAAAUUGGUGGUACAACUCUCUUCUUGUUCUUUAUUCAUAUUUGAAUUA